UCUUAUUUCAGAGCUCCUACUUGCAGGCAGUAGACAGAAGUAUGACAAUUACAUUUGGAUUUGUCAUAAAGCCACAAGUUCUCAGUUUGGCGCCUUAAUAUUCAAGAUCAGGUGUAUGGCUGCUACUAUGGAUAAACUACAGAGCUGCAUUGGAAUAAACAGCGCCUUGUUUAAAGCUGCCAGAGCAAAUGACUAUUCAACCAUGAAGACUCUACUGCAAAGAGAAGACGUUGAUCCUUUUUUUAGAGGGAACCUAGGAGAAACUAUUCUCCAUGCUGCUAUAUUGAAUGGAAAAAAGGAAGUGAUGAAAGUGAUAUUGGAACAUGUGCCAUCUUUAAUCAAUGAGCCCAUGACAUCCCAUAAAUACAAAGGUGAGACUGCUCUUCAUAUAGCCAUCCUCAAACAAGAUGUGGAAACUGUCACCUUGUUACUGAAAUGUGGUGCAGAUGUUAUCAAUGCUCAAGCCUCUGGUGCUUGCUUCAUACCUGGAAUUGACUGUUUGUGCUACUUUGGAGAAUACCCAUUAUCAUUUGCAGCGUGCACAGGAAAUGAGGAAAUCACAAAACUUCUAAUUGACUAUGGUGCACCUUUACAUGCUCAAGAUUCUCUGGGUAACACAGUGUUUCAUAUAUUGGUCUUGCAGCAAAAUAAAGAAAUGGCCUACCAAAUGUAUGACAUGAUUCUAACCCUUGUGGCAAUCAAAGAUUGUCAUUGUGUGGAAAAGCUACAAAAUAAUGAAGGCUUCACUCCAUUAAAGCUGGCAGCCAAUGAGGGAAAUAUUGAAAUGUUCAGCUACCUUGUCAAGAAGCAAAAAAAGACAUAUUGGACAAUAGGUACAAUUACAUACAGCAUUUAUGACCUAACAGAUAUCGACACAUGGAUGACUCAGAAUUCAGUUUUGGAUAUUAUAACAUCCAAUCAAAAACCUCAGGUCCGCCAGCUUGUUGAUGUGACACCUGUCAAAGAGUUGUUACGCCAGAAAUGGAACUCAUUUGGCUACAAAAAUUUCCUCAUUUGGAUGUUCAGCUAUCUAGUAUACAUGGUUAUCUUUACUACAGUCUGCAUGUUUCGUCCUCUGAAACCAUUGAUUUCCGCUAAUCUGGAUAAUAUAACCAUCAUGACACAAAAAUCCCUUUCUGAAUCAUAUGAGAAGAAAGAAGACUUCCUACGGCUGGCAGGGGAGAUAAUUACACUGUUAGGAGCAAUCAUCAUACUCUUCAGUGAGAUUCCUUUACUCAUUAAACUUGGUCCUAAAAAUUAUAUUGGAAAUACUUCUACAGGAGGACCUUUCUCAAUUCUGAUGGUUGCAUAUUCUCUUUUAAUUUUUUCAGCAGCGAUUUUGAGAAUACUUGGACAUGAUGAAGAAGCAAUCCCACUCUCUCUUGCCUUGAUAAUUGGAUGGUGCAAUACCGUCUAUUUUGCCCGAGGAUUUAGAAUGCUGGGGCAGUUUUCAAUAAUGAUUCAGAAGAUAUUUUUUUCAGAUCUUUUAUGUUGGUUUUGUUUAGCAUUUAUCAUCAUCCUUGGUUUUAGCUCGGCAUUUUAUAUUAUGUGUCAAACUCUGGAACUGGAAAGUAAUUUCUAUUUUAAAGACUUUUCAAAGAGUCUGUAUACUGCAGUUGAAAUGAUGAUGGGACUGACUAAUUUACUACUCCCUAGCGAGACAUCAUAUCCUUUACUUUACAUCACAUAUUCAGUAUACAUGGUAUUUGUCUACCUUCUCCUGCUAAACAUGCUGAUUGCAAUGAUGGAAGAUACAUAUUGGAGAAUAGCACAUGAAAGAGAAGAACUGUGGAAAAUACAGGUUGCUUCUGCCAUUCUUGUUCUUGAACGCCAUCUACCACGAUUCCUUAGAACACGAUCUGGUAUUGCUGGGAGAUCCUUGGGCCUGGAUGAUAAUAAAUGGUAUAUCGGGGUUGAAGAAAUUUUGAAUGAAAAUGUUUCAGAAAAAUUGAAACCAACGAUAUUUUCUAACCAAACUACGCUGUGUUGGAAUACGGUCCGAAAAAAUGUUUCAAAUAUCAUCUACACUGAAUCUACAUCAUUAUAAACAGCAAGGACAGAGAUAUUUUACAAAAAUAAAAUUUUAUCAGCAAUAUAAAAAGUUCUAUCCAAAUAUUUACAGCCCUUGUAUAUAACUUCGAUAUUUAUUAAGGGAUGAGACAGAAACUAACUGAAUAAGUGGUAAUAUAUUUUAAUCAUGAAGUCAGCACAGAGUUUUUGCCUCUUAGGAAUAAACUUUAUCAUGUCCAAGUUCUUAAUCAGUGGUUUCCUGUCAACAUAUGAACUGUUUGUGGUGGCACAUACAUUAAUCUCCUCACAACUGCAAUGUACUCUGUAUGAGGAUGCACUUUUAACUUAUUUGCAGGCUGCAGUUGGUGUUGAAUCUAGAAAUGAAACUGCUGCUCUGAGGGAAAUUAAUCAACAAGAGUCAUUCAAUGACACAAAGCUAGCUGAGGCCUGGUAGCUGCUUCAUUUAGGAAUGUAUAUUGAUUUUGUCAGAAAUCCCAUAUCCACCCAGCUUUCCCCUUCAUCUAUUGUAUAAUAAAGCUACCUGCUCACACACUUAGCUAGUGGAAUAGUCUCAAGAAUUCUAUACAUAUUGCCAUCAGGAUAAAUUCAUAUAUUGUUUGAAACACAGGAAGAGAGAAAAUGUUAAUGCCCUUGGAAAAUAUUUCGACCUAAUUAUAUAAUUAUUACACAUUUGCAAUAACUGUAACGUGAACAUAUUUUAAAUGCUUUUUUAAUUAUGCAUUUGUGUUAAAAUAGAAAGCAAAUGUGCGAUGAAAGGUCAGUGAGACUUCCUUUGAUUCUUCUUUUUUUAACAAUAAAUUUUAGAAAUGAGAUAACAAAUUAGUGCAAUGUAAUGAGGUAGUGUAGCUCUGCGUUAGUUUAUUUGCUUUGCUGCUUUUAAAUCCAGGUAACAUGAAGAAAACAAAGAUGCAUUAAAGAGACACUAAAGUCAAAAUUAAACAUUCAAAAUAGAACAAGCGAUUUUGAAAAUGAUGUUCAUUAUCAAAUUUUGUCUUUUUAUAUGCACAGUUUCUGAUUUCACAGGGUAUACAUAUACGAGUCUGUGAUUUGCUGAUGACUGUCACAUGAUAUAGGGAGCAGGAAAAUGGAAGGACAUUUUGUAAUUUGUCAGAAAGCUACUGCUCAUUUGAAAUUCAUUAAGUUCUAUUGUAGCAUCUUCAUUAUGCAUUUGUUGAUUAUGAAAUUCUGGUGUAUUUAAUGGUGUGUGGUUAAUCUGUGGUAAUAUGACAACAAUGUGAAUAUGAUCCGUAUUACGUGGGAAUAAAAAAGUGACUUUUUUUCUGUAAAA